AUGCGCAGACUGCUAUAGACGAGCCAUUCGCGAGCCUAACCGGUGCAGCCAGGCAGCAGCAGCACGCGCACUACGCCUCAGAGAGCUGAAGGCAUCGUUGCGAAAGCCAGAGCUCCUUCGCUGUCGUCCACGACGACGUUUAGCAUAGCUGCUCUCGCAUCAACCCAGUGAUACGCCGCCGCUGCCAGCACUAGACGCGCAGCAGCGAUGCGGCGAGUACUCUGCGUCGCCGCGACGGCCGCCGCGCUGCAGGCGCCGCUGAACAAAAGGCCAAGCACGAAGGUCGACGUGAGCACGCUCGAGGCCCCGACGGAGCGCGUCGUCGUCCCGGAAGAUGGGAGCCCGAUGCGCCCGCCCAUCCUGACGCCCUGGGACGAGAACAAACUGAUACUGGAGGAGCAGCUCGGCUUCUCGGCCGAGAGGCUCGCGACGUACGACGACGUCACAACCGACGACCUGAGUGACGCGUAUGAAAUGAUGCAGCUCUGCCGCCAGUUCGAGAACGCCUGCGCGCAGAGCUACAUGCAGGGGUCGAUUCGCGGCUUCAUGCAUUUAGAUAAUGGGCAGGAGACGAUUCCCGCCCUUGUAGCUGAUACCCUUACCAAAAAAGAUAUCAAGUAUUCUUAUUAUAGAGAACAUACGCACGCUCUCGCUUCCGGCGUCUCGCCCAAUAAAAUCAUGGCCGAGUUGUUCGCCAAGGACGGAGGUACCUGUAGAGGUACGGGCGGUUCCAUGCACAUCUUCGACGUCGAGACCCAUUUCCAGGGCGGCUGGGCUCUCGUGGCCGAGCAGUUCCCCUACGCCGCGGGUGCGGCUCGUUCGAUUAUGUUGGACCGGCAUUUAGGACUGGCCCCGGAAGAUGAUGAUCGGUUGGCUAUUGUGUUUUGCGGCGAAGGCGGGUCGCAAAAUGGCCGGUUGGCCGAGGUCAUGAACUGCGCGGCCAAGGAGAAGCUGCCUCUACUUAUCUUGUGUAUUGAUAACGGGAGAGCGAUCAAUACGUUUACCCCUGACGUCGCCCAGAACAGUGAGGUCUGGAAGGCCGGCGCGCACUACGGCGUGCCCGGGGCGAAAGUUGAUGGUACUAAUCUGCAAGAUGUGUUGCGCACGGGUCGUGCUGUGGUCGACUACGUGCGCGAGACGUCUUCACCUGCUAUUUUGCAAGUACAUACCUACAGACUGCAGGGCCAUUCACCCGCAGAUCCCGAGCACGAGCGAGGAAGAAAAGCGGAGAAGAAGUGGGCGCGCGCGGAGGCCGAUCCGCUCAAGAUCUUCGAGGCGACGGGCGCGCUCCCGCAGGACGUCCUCGACGAGCGCAAGAAGAAGGCUUCCGCAGUAGUGAAGGACGCUGUCGCCUUCGCGAAGGAGAGCCCGCCGCCGCCGCGGGAGCUGGCGAAGGAAUUGGAGUUUCCUGAUCCGGCGGACACGGACUACAACACGCGCGAGGUCGCCAGCGACAGUGAGGUCAUCACGCAACGUUCAGUAGAUGCCGCGAAGCUCGCGGAAUGCCAGGAGCGCAUCGCCAUGCUCCAGCAGCAGGCGAAGGAUCCUGGUUUGAAUGUUGGUGAUGCAUUAAACCUCGCCAUCCUCGAGGAGAUGGUGCGGGAUCCGAGGACCACGAUCCACGCCGAAGAUUUACAAGCAGGGAGUAGUUAUGAUAUCCCGCGCCAGACCCAACAAACUUUUGGAGAACUCAGAGCGGCCGACGAAAUUAUCGACGAGGGCCACUUCAUCGGCAAGGCCAUUGGGGAGGGCAUGAACGGGUAUAGGCCUAUUGUGGAGCUUAUGAAUGCCAACUUCGGCAUCUACGGCAUGGCCGAGCUAUCAAGUGCGGGUAAUACGUACGCGACGACGGGCGGGCAGUUCAAGAUGCCCCUGACGGUGGUCGGUGCGGGCGGCACGGCUCCCAAUCAGGCUCUGGGCGCGGAGCACAGUCAGCCCUUCCACGCGUACGUCAUGGGCAUUCCCGGGUUGAAGAUCUGCACGGCGGCGACGCCGGAGGGUGCCUAUGGCUUAUGUAAGGCCAUGAUCAGGGAUGAUGGGCCGGGCAUGCUCUUCACGCCCGUCAAGCUGAUGAAGGACGAAAAAGUACCUGUCGACGUCGGUACGUGUCUACCGCUGAACAAGGCCCACCUCAUGUCCAAGGCGUCGGACGCUUCCGUUUCGUCAAGUAAGGCGGUGACGGUGCUCACGUACUUGCACGGCGUGCGCGAGGCGGUCAACGCGAUCGCCGAGAUUCAAGGAAACGGCCACGAUAUUGAUUUGAUUGAGUUGCGGUCCUUGAAGCCGUUAGAUUUGGACACGAUCCGCGAGUCUUUGUCUAGAACACACAAGUUGUGUAUUUUAGAUGAGUCCACUCAAUCCGGCGGCGUCGGGGCGUCCAUCAGCGCUUUAGUUGGUGAGGAGCUGUUCGACGAGCUCGACGCGCCGGUGAAGCGCCUCUGCAUGGACGACGCGCCCGUGCCCUACGCGUCGUCGAUGGAGCAGGCCGUCGUCAAGCGCGGGUCGGACCUGGUGAUUGCCGUGAAGGAGCUCGUCGACUACGUCUGA